AUGUUCACCUCAAAUCAACAAUCUUCAACAAAUUCCGCGUCUUCAGAAAGACAUCAAGCAAUACAACGUUUAGAACAAUUUGUCAAAGAGGACGAUUCUGCAAAAUAUGUUAUCUAUUCUGAAAAUGUAAUUUGUCGUAAUUCUGCCUUUAAUGCUGGCUCUAAAGUAGAGGCAGAAAUUAGUGAAAAAGAAGUAACCGGAAAGACGGGGAAACUAAGUUGUGUUAAUUUAAAAGAAUUAGAUAAAACUGAAAUAUUUUCUGAAAUGCAAAAGUUGGGUUUUUUCUGUGUAUUAGCAGCAGAUCCAAAGAAGGACGGAAUAGAGUGUCGAAAGAUUUAG